CGGGUAUAACGGUCGUCUCACGCCGAACUGCGCAUGUGCAGGCCGUCAAACCAAAGAUACUCCUUCGAUAUAAAGUAUUUUUUAAACUAAAAUAAUAACCUGUCAGUUUGUCACUUUCACGGAGUUGGAGUAAUAACAUGUUCAACUACUUAAUACAUUGGCUCGAAUCUAGGUUUUGCCUUUAGAUUUCGAGAAAAUGUGCGACUAAGGAAUCAUUUUUCACUUAUGACUUCUCAAACCCCAAAUCCCGACAUCGUUCUACUUCCUACAGUCUGCUUCCCAGCGGUCCCGGUAGACUCGGGAUGUUGCGUCUCUGGGUUUAGGAAUUCUGGUUAUGUAAUUUCCUCAUGAAGUUGAAAGUACUUUUGUAGGCGAAUGCACUUACAAAAUGGAUGUUGAAACUGUGGCGCACAUUUCUCGGCAACAUUAGAAGUCGGGUAAAAGUAUUGAUUUGAAGGAAAGACGAGCAGACUCUGGGGUCAGUGCUCUAAAAUAAGUCUCUCUGGGAAGAGAGAGGAGGGACCUGCCUCUAAAAUGAGUCUCUCUGGGAAGAGAGAGGAGGGGGGCCCUGCCUCUAAAAUGAGUCUCUCUGGGGAGAGAAAGGAGGGGGGUCCUGCCUCUAAAAUGAGUCUCUCUGGGGAACAUGACAUCAAAGCUAAGAGUCCAAUCAAGCAGGAGAGACCAGCCUCCCCUGUACCCAGCUGUGUGUCCAUGAAGAGUGACUGGUCUAUGGAGCCUCCUCCAGAGUUUAGAGAGGGAGACUUUUCUACUGAACAAAGGUACAAGGGCAACGUAGCACGUCUGGUGAACAGGGCAGAGAUCCAUAUCCGCAGUCAGACCAGUACAAACAGGAUCAGCAGCACUACAAGUCCAAUCAAGCAGGAGAGACCAGCCUCCCCUGUACCCAGCUGUGUGUCCAUGAAGAGUGACCAGUCUAUGGUUCAACCUAUAACGUUUAGAGAGGGAGACUUUUCUACUGAACAAAGAAACCAACAGGAGAGAUCAGAGUCAGAGAUUCUCAGUGGUCAGUCUUCCCAGAGUCAUCAAACAGACCUGGCCUCCAUAUUCAGUUUGCUUGAAGAGAAUAUUAUGACAUUUGUGAAGAACGAGCUGAAGAUGUUCAAGAGGAUUCUUAGUCCAGAACUCCCAGAAGGCUUUGAGAGUCAGAAGCAGGAAGUGGUGGAUGCUGAAGAUGAGAAGCAGGAGAGCAGUGCCAGAGAGGGGGCUCUGAAGAUCACACUGCACGUCCUGAGGAAAAUGAACCAGAAGGAGCUUGCUGACACACUGGAGAAAUAUUCAGAUGAGCUUGCUGUGAUUUGCCAACGUGAACUCAAAUCUAAUCUAAAGAAGAAGUUUCAAUGUGUAUUUGAGGGGAUCGCUAAACAAGGAAACCCAACACUUCUCAAUAAGAUCUACACAGAGCUCUACAUCACAGAGGGUGGAACAGGAGAGGUCAAUAAUGAACAUGAGCUGAGACAGAUUGAGACAACAACCAGGAAACAAGCAAGACCAGAGACUGCAGUCAAAUGUAACGACAUCUUCAAACCCUUAACUGGACAAGACAAACGUAUCAGAACUGUGUUGACAAAGGGAGUCGCUGGCAUUGGAAAAACAGUCUCUGUGCAGAAGUUCAUUCUGGACUGGGCUGAAGGAAAAGCAAAUCAGGAUGUCCAAUUUGUAUUUUCAUUCCCUUUUCGGGAGCUGAAUUUGAUGAAAGGGGACAAACACACUUUCAUUGAACUUCUCAAUCACUUCUCAAUGGAAACCAAACAAUCAGGAAUCUCCAUCUACAACAAGUACAAAGUUCUGUUCAUCUUUGAUGGUCUGGAUGAGUGCCGACUGCCCCUAGACUUCCAGAAGAACAAGAUCUGUUGGGACGUCACAGAGUCAACCUCAGUGGAUGUUCUGCUGACAAAUCUCAUCAAGGGAAAUCUGCUUCCCUCUGCUCUCCUCUGGAUAACUACCCGACCUGCAGCAGCCAAUAAGAUCCCUUCAGAGUGUGUUGACCAGGUGACAGAGGUACGAGGGUUCAAUGACCCACAGAAGGAGGAGUACUUCAGGAAGAGAUUCAGUGAUGAGGACCUGGCCAGCAGAAUCAUCUCACACAUAAAGAAAUCAAGGAGCCUCCACAUCAUGUGCCACAUUCCAGUCUUCUGUUGGAUUUCUGCAACAGUCCUUGAACACAUGUUGAAACAUAAGAAAGAAGAGAUGCCCAAGACUCUGACUGAGAUGUACACACACCUUGUGGUGUUUCAUACCAAACAGAAGAAUGAAAAGUAUCUUGGGAAAGAAGAGACAGGUCCACACUGGAAUAAAGAGAGCAUUCUGUCACUGGGAAAACUGGCUUUUCAGCAGCUUGUGAAUGGCAAUCUGAUUUUCUAUGACGAAGACCUGAAAGAGGCUGGCAUUGAUGUCAGUGAAGCCUCAGUGUACUCAGGAUUGUGCACACAGCUCUUUAAAGAGGAAUGUGUGCUGUACCAGGACAAGGUGUACUGCUUUGUUCAUCUGAGCAUUCAGGAGUUUCUGGCUGCUGUAUAUGUGUUCCUCUCAUUCAUCAACAACAAUGAGAAUCUAAUGGACAAACAGCAAACAAACGACAAGUCUGAAAUUACUUUCUACAAGAGUGCUGUGGAUAAAGCCUUACAAAGUGAGACGGGAAACCUGGACCUUUUCCUCCGCUUCCUUCUGGGCCUCUCACUGGAGUCCAAUCAGAAGCACUUACGAGGUCUACUGACAAAGACAAGAAGCAGCUCACAGACCCAUGAAGAAACAGUCAAGUACAUCAAGGAGAAGAUCGGGGAGAAUCUCUCUCCAGAGACGAGCAUCAAUCUGUUCCACUGUCUGAAUGAACUGAAUGACCAUUCUCUAGUGGAGGAGAUCCAAAGAUACCUGAGUUCAGGAAGUCUCUCAGAAGACGAACUGUCACCUGCACAGUGGUCAGCUCUGGUCUUUGUGUUGCUGACUUCAGAAAAGGAGCUGGAUGUGUUUGACCUGAAGAAAUACUCCAGAUCAGAGGAAGGUCUUCUGAGGCUGCUGCCAGUGGUCAAAGCCUCCAGAGCUGUUCUGCUGUCAGGCUGUCUAGUCACAGAGGAAGGCUGUGCUUCUCUGGUCUCAGCUCUGGAGUCAAACCCCUCACACCUGAGAGAGCUGGACCUGAGUAACAAUGACCUGAAGGAUUCAGGAGUGAAUCUGGUCUCUGCUGUACUGGGGAAUCCCCACUGUAAACUGGAGACUCUGAGGCUGUCAGGCUGUCUAGUCACAGAGGAAGGCUGUGCUUCUCUGGUCUCAGCUCUGGAGUCAAACCCCUCACACCUGAGAGAGCUGGACCUGAGUAACAAUGACCUGAAGGAUUCAGGAGUGAAGCUGCUCUCUGCUGGACUGGGGAAUCCCCACUGUAAACUGGAGACUCUGAGGCUGUCAGGCUGUCUAGUCACAGAGGAAGGCUGUGCUUCUCUGGUCUCAGCUCUGAGGUCAAACCCCUCACACCUGAGAGAGCUGGACCUGAGCUACAAUCACCCAGGAGACUCAGGAGUCAGACUGCUCUCUGCUGGACUGGAGGAUCCACACUGCAGACUGGAGAAACUCAAUGUGGAACAUGGUGGAGAGAACACAAUGAAACCUGGGCUUAGAAAAUAUGUCUGUGAUCUCACACUGGACCUCAACACAGUAAACAGACGCCUCUCUCUGUCUGAGGAGAACAGAAAGGUGACAUGUAGGACAGAGAAGCAGCCGUAUCCUGAUCACCCAGAGAGAUUUAAGGUCUGUAGACAGGUGCUAUGUAGAGAGCCUCUGACUGGGCGCUGUUACUGGGAGGUAGAGUGGAGUGGGAUAAUGGGGGCUGUUAUAGGAGUGACAUAUAAAGGAAUCAGCAGGAGAGGAAGGGAUGAUGACUGUUGUCUUGGAUACAAUGACAAGUCCUGGUGUCUGAUCUGCUCUGACAACAGUUACUCUGCCAGGCACAAUAAUAAUCCCACUACCAUAGACGUCCGCCCCUUCAGCUCCCACAGAGUAGGAGUGUAUCUGGACUGGUCAGCCGGUACUCUGUCCUUCUAUAGAGCCUCCUCUGACACACUGACCCACCUGAUCACAUUCACCUCCACAUUCACUGAGCCCCUCUAUCCAGGGUUUAGGGUUUAUUAUGAAGAGUCUUCAGUGUCCCUGAAAUAAUAACCUGACAC